AUCAUCCUGGCUUUUUUAUAUUGCAAGGGAAGAGGAAAAGAAGGGAGGGAAAAAAAAAAUCGCCGGAGAGCGCCAAUCACGGAGACGGUAACUGCACAAAGGGAGCCGGAGCCCGCGCGGAGCGAGCGCCAAAGGAGGUGCGCCGAAGGGCAGGGGGCGGUGGCACCCGAUCCCGACCGCUCAAACUUCUGGUCCCGCCCUUAUCGUGGGCGCGGCGGGGGAGGGGACCCCGCGGGCCGCCAGGCGGGAUCCGGCAGCGACCUCCCGAAACACCCCGAGCGGGUAACCGGAGCCGGCCGAGGGCUGGCCAGGGCGGCGCCGAGGAGGGUACAGGCGCUGGGCCGGCGCGCGGCUGGCGCUCUCGGCCGGGUCUGCUGCGGCGGCGGCAGCGGCGGCGCGCGGGGGAGGAAGAUGCUGCAGUCCCUGGCCGGCAGCUCGUGCGUGCGCCUGGUGGAGCGGCACCGCUCGGCCUGGUGCUUCGGCUUCUUGGUGCUGGGCUAUCUGCUGUACUUGGUGUUCGGCGCCGUGGUCUUCUCUUCGGUGGAGCUGCCCUACGAGGACCUACUGCGCCAGGAGCUUCGCAAGCUGAAGCGGCGCUUCCUGGAGGAGCACGAGUGCCUCUCGGAGCAGCAACUGGAGCAGUUCUUGGUGCGGGUGCUAGAGGCCAGCAACUACGGCGUGUCGGUGCUCAGCAACGCCUCUGGCAACUGGAACUGGGACUUCACCUCCGCGCUCUUCUUCGCCAGCACGGUGCUCUCCACCACAGGUUAUGGCCACACCGUGCCCUUGUCAGACGGGGGUAAGGCCUUCUGCAUCAUCUACUCCGUCAUCGGCAUCCCUUUCACGCUCCUCUUCCUGACGGCAGUGGUCCAGCGCAUCACCGUCCACGUCACCCGCAGGCCUGUCCUCUACUUCCACAUCCGCUGGGGCUUCUCCAAGCAGGUGGUGGCCAUUGUUCACGCAGUUCUCCUGGGGUGUGUCACCGUGUCCUGCUUCUUUUUAAUCCCGGCAGCCGUCUUCUCUGUCCUGGAGGAUGACUGGAACUUCCUCGAAUCCUUUUAUUUUUGUUUUAUUUCCCUGAGCACCAUUGGCCUAGGAGAUUAUGUUCCAGGAGAAGGCUACAAUCAAAAAUUCCGAGAACUCUAUAAGAUUGGCAUCACAUGUUACCUGCUCCUCGGCCUUAUUGCCAUGUUGGUAGUUCUGGAAACCUUCUGUGAACUCCAUGAGCUGAAAAAAUUCAGGAAAAUGUUCUACGUGAAGAAGGACAAGGACGAGGAUCAAGUGCACAUUCUUGAACAUGACCAGCUCUCCUUCUCCUCCAUCACAGACCAGGCAGCUGGCGUGAAGGAGGAUCAGAAACAAAACGAGCCUUUUGUGGAGGCUCAGUCAUCUGCCUGCCUCGAUGGCUCUGCAAACAAUUAAACAGAGGGCAUUGCUAUGUUGUCGUAGAGCACCAGUGUGAGGGCAAUUAAGUAUUAGGCUUGAUUUUGGUCAUUUGGUCACUUUUACAAGAAUGUAAAUGCCAAGACGAUGUUACUUUAACCAGUGUGUACUAUUUGCAAUAUUUUAAAAACAAAAAAUAAAACAGAACAAAGGAGGCUUUUCCUCUGGAGGGAUGGGUAUCUAAUAUCUGAGGAAACAGAAUGUGUACCUAUUAUUGAUAUCUGACGAAAUUAUCUAGACUUUACUUAUAGGAGAAGAAUACAUGAAGCAGUGCUGCUUUGGAUAGAAGAAGAUUUUAUACUUUGAAUUGGAGGCUUUGGAGUUUGCAUUUAAAUAAUUUAGUUGAUGGCUAAAUAGCAAAUUUAUAUUUAAAAGCAAAAAAGAAGCAUAAAGAUGUGUUUUAUAAAUAUGUUUAUGUAUACUUGUUUGCAUGUACCCUACUAAAGUGAUUAUUUUUGUAGAAUCUAAGUUAAAACUUACUAUUUAUGAUGAAUAGGUAACCGUUAAAUGUGUACAAAAAAGUAUAAAUAUGUUCAUAUCCUGUACAGAUGUGUUUUAGGUCACCAGAUCCCAGGGUACUUCUUAUCCCAAGAUUGUAGAUAUCUUUCCUUUUGAUUUCUCUUUAUACUAAGGAAAUCCAGAGUUACUGCAAUAAAAUAAGGGGAAUAAUAUACAUAAGAGUGAAUACCUAUAGUUUCCUGCUGCAGUAAAUGUUCCUACCCUCUUGGAAUAGUAUAGCCAAGUAUAAGUUUAAAAACAUAUGUGUUUCUUUGGAGGUAAACAAGUAAUGAAGAGUAUGAUUUGCAUAAAGGUUAAGAUAUUUUGUUUUUAAAGGAUUUGGUGAUUUGUGGCCGCCUAGUCCUAAAGCACAGAACUGGAAUAUAAAACCCCCAACUGAGCAGAUUGUGUUGAAUUAAUUUGAGAAUUGUUAAUUUUUAAGUUGAAAUCAGUUAAAAAUCAUAGCUGAUUGCCACCCUGUGCUUUAACAUAUCAAGAAAAAUUUUCCUCCAUGUAGGUGAUAUGAAUGCACUCCUUUAGAAACCAUAAGGCAACAUUCAAAUGUUGUACCCAAGGAACGAAUAAGAAUCUUGGAAGGGAAAAUUGAGAAGAUCCUGAAUGAUAACUGAUGCUCGGGGACACACUAACCAAGGCUCACCUCCCUUGGGUAGCUGCCUUGGAGGUGGUGCUUGAGGUAUUCCUCAAGGUCAACGUCUUGCUAACGAGCGGGGCCAGGACUCUGUUCACUGGGAAGGAUGCUACUCACGGUAAGCAGCUUUCUUGGUAACCUUUCUAUCAUUUGGUCUCCUUUUGAAUCAAAGGACCUUUUCCAUUGUGCACCACAAUUAGUGAACCAUUACAGCCCAGUCGCUCUCACUGCUGUAUUUGAAGAUUGUAUCUCCUGACUAUAGCAAGGACCCUUCUUUGUUGUAUAAAAUGGCAUCAUGUCUCAUAGCAACAGAACCAUAUUUUUGGGAUGGUAGAACAAGGAGUUACAUUACCGUAGCCCCCUGUGGCUGUACGUGGCUCCUGUGUUGGCGAAUUCUUUGUCCUCAGCAGAUCCUUUCCUAUGUCUAAACCUAAACAUGUGGGUCUUUUCUUUCUGACUCAGGUUAUGCUGCCCCAUAAGCACUUUUCUUUCUUUUUUAUCUUUUUUCUUUUUCUUUUGUUUUUUUUUAAAUUAGAGAAGUUGUAGGUUUACAGAAAAGUACACCAAAUACAGAGUUCCCAUAUCCCGACUCCUCCCCCAUUAUUAACACCUUCAUUAGUGUGGUGCAUUUGUUACGAUUGAUGAAAAAGCAUUUUUAUAAUUGUACCAUAAGCACAUUUCUUUUCCUGAUUCCUCAUUCCAUGCUUCCCCGUGUCUCCAUGGGAGAAGGACGGGUCUCAGAGAGGGUAGAGCAUUGUGUUAAGGGAUGGAUUCACAGAAUAGUGGCCUGCUUUAUGGCCAGAAUUGAGUCUGGAAAGUUCACAGUGAUCACGCUUUUUGGUGUGGCCCAGAGACCAGAAAUGGCAGAUACUAUAAAUCGGAGAAAACAGUAUAUCGUAUUUGGGAGAAAAUAUUUUAUUCAUUGCAGGAAAUAACUAGCUUACGACAGCUGUUUGGCUCUAAUAUGAGAGGGGAGUUCAAAUUAAAAAAAAUGAGGAAGAACAUAAAGGAAAAAUUUGAAUAGGAUGUAAUUAAUAAGUAAUAGAGUAUGUUAUUUAAUUUUAAACCUUUUAUGAAUCUGUAGAGAAUACCCGAAACCUUAAUGUGUGUCAGUUGUUUCUGACAAUUCUAAUAAAAAAAAAGCUUUUUUAUUAGAGAACUUGCAGGUUUACAGAAUAAUCAUGCAUAAAAUACAGGAUUUCUAUGCACCACCAAACCAGUUUCUGAUUUCAAGGAUGAGGUACAAAAUUGGAGCACGUUUUGCCUCCCCCAACCACAUAAGAUAGGAACUGUAAGGGAGAGUAAUUUGCCUAGAGAUUCUUUUUGGCUUCGGCUGAUGCAGAGGCUGCUACCCUGGGAUCAUGAGGGAGACCCACAGGGCAUCCUGUGUCUGCCCCUCACAGAGCAGAAACAAGAUCUGUCUGGGAACAUGGCGAGGAGGUGGGAGGUCAGGGUGGCAUGGUACUGAAUGGCACUGAACUGACGUUUGGAGCCCUUUUAAUUGAAGGUUAAGAGUGUGAAGUUGGAGGUGUAAGUGAAUACUAGGAGGUAAUGAAUGACUAUAUAGGCUGAAGGGUCCAAUGGGCCGACAGAGUGUUCUACCUUCAGGAGAGAAAAGCAGCAGAAAUCGUCUUUCAAGGAGAGUAUGACUGUGUGUGAAGUAAAAAGUGGCAUAUAGCCAGUAGCAAUGUUGAUUUCCAAGCAGCAGAUACGGCAGCAGAUACAGUCAGUGUUCGGAGAGAACACGGUAUCUCCCCCAAGGGAGGGGGAAGUCCUCCAGAACAAUCUUACAGAGGAGAUUCAUGGAACAGAUAAAGUUUGGUUUAGAUGACUCCAUUUCAGAGACUCUGGUUCUCUUUAUAUUGAUCAGGUCCACAAGAUAUUUAAAAAAGGUUUUGUUCAGACAUUGAAGAGGAAGAAGCAUGGGCAGGAAAAGGGGGAUAUAUUCUGAAUACAUUUGGAAUCAUUACUAAAACAUAGGAUCAUUUAUUCAUGCCUGAAAAACAGUCACAGCCAUUCAUGUUUUCCAUGUGCCUUUUGGAAAAUGAAUGAGGAGAUAACAGCAUUUACAAAUCUGGAGACCCUGCAAUAACUGAAAUGGUCAAGGCAGAACCUUUUUAACCUUUUAACGUUGUUAAUAGUACACUCACCUCUUGCUAAAAACAGCUAAUAUUUGUUUCAAGUAAAGGAUAAUUUUAAAUGGGCAAAUGCCUGCAUUGAAAGGUAAUAAUAGAGGGUUAUCUGCCUCAUACUGAGAACUCAGUACAGAGCCUCCUGAUUGUGUGGCAUGUUACAUUCAUUUUGUGAUUUGUUGUCAAAACUUCCAUGCUGAGAAGAGAUGUGAUAAAUACUGGUAUCUUCGAUUCAAGAAGGCAGUCCCUCUGGGACAUUUUCAAAAAUGUGUAUGUGGCCAAACAGAUCAUUCCUUGGCAAAUUUAGUAACAAAAGUUUCUUAGAAAUUUAUAACUGAAACUGAAAUGGUAAAGCAUUUGUCACUUACCUUAUUUGACAAUGCCAAGUAAAAUAAUAAAUUGCCGCUUUAGUAACAUUUAAAGUUUUUCCCACAGUGAUUCAUUAUUUUCUGAGAGCUUCUCCUUUAUUAAAAUUUGGUACAUAGGAGCCUUUUGUAUGAGGCAAAACAUGAAAUUGUUUGUUGAAGACAAUUUUCCUAACAUCUCACUCAUCUAAUAUGUGCUUACAGGCAAUACGGCUUUCUGGAACAUAGUAAAAGACUCAGAAGCAAAUAAAAACACUUCUAAGUAUUUUUCACUGUAUAGCACUCAAGUGUAUGACACUUAAGUAAGAAGUAAGCCCUCUCUUUGCUUCACUCAGAGCUUAUUCAUACUUUGCUCACAGUUCUAAUAAAAUUACUGCUCUAGUUUUCCAACCCACAGGAAAUAAAGGAGAGAGAUCAUAUUCUGCAGUUCUCAAAAGAACUGUCUAAAGAUGCAAGCUGGCAAUAAUUACAGUGCAAUCCCUUACCCAGCUUUAAAUUGACCUUUUCUAGGUCCCUGUGAAAGCAUCCACAGUAAUUUCACCAUCCACUUGGUCUCGGUCACCCUGGGGCACUCACAGUUUGAGUGGAACAGUUGACUGCCUCACCAUGGCUUUUUUAUACAUUCAAGGACAAAUUGUCACAUCCAGUACAUGACAACUUACCCUUUACUCAUAGCAAGUUUUAUCCAUUCUAAGCCAAACAGCAGAACAUAUUCAGAUCAAUAUGAUUGUAAAAGUAUGAAUAGUUAUUUGUGGCAAAAAAUAAAAUUUCCACACUAGUCAGAAUUCGUCGGCUCCCUGGGAGUGGUUUGUGGUGCUGAGUUCUCUCGUGCAUCCCAUUGAGAACCACUGCACUCAGUGCUAUUAUGUGCACGAGAAGAGCAGGAAAGAAGAGCAGGAAGUGUUGCCCACAGCCUGACAGUGAAAGAGAAACAGAAACACUGGAAGGCAAACACAGACUAAGAAAAGAAUUGUGUUCUAGAGCCAUCAAAGGCUGGGGCUGAUAGCCACUGAGGCCAACGCAGCAUUUCUUUUGAUGUUAUUUCUAUAACACUGAAUCUUUAUGACAACUUUAAACUAUGUUUGAUAUGCUCUGUUUAAGGAUAUAGUGUAAACUAUGAUGUAUUUCCAUACAAAAUGAUUAAAAUUCUUUUUAAAAGC